AUGAGAGCCAUUAUAAAAACAUCAUACUUUAAUUAACCAAAAUAAACUAAGAAGCCAAAAAAGGCAGAUCCUUAAAAAAUUAUAAAAGGUUUAGAUAAAUUGAAUAAUUAUUAUCUGAGAAAUCUAGCAAGUGCCUAUUAACCAUUAAUGAUAAAUAUGAUUUAACAAAUGAAAAGAGAAUUUUAGAUUAUUGAAUUAGUAUUAAAUAAUUUCAAUAUAAGCUUAGCAAUAAAGUAAAUAAAAGACAUUUAAAAGAAAUAUUUUUAGCAUGGAAAAUAUAAAGUCAACAGCCUCAACCAUAUAAAUUACAAUUACCAUAUAGUCCUCCAAAAAAGGAUUUAAGUAAAAGAAGUUCAGGUAAAAAAUCAGUUUAAUCCAAAACCCCAAGAAAUGAAGUUAAAUUUUAUACUCCAGGAAGAGAAUCUUCAAAAAGUGUAAUUUCAACUAUCUCAAAGGAAGAUGAUUAAUAAUAAUCUAAUUAAAUUGCUGAUAUUUUUCGAUUAAGAAAAUUUUGGAAUAAAUUUAAAUUAUUUGCUAAUUUUUAAAAGCAUUUAGCAUUUAAAUCUAGACAUUUUAGAAAUUUUUGUAUUAUUCGAAAAUAUUUUCAUAAGUUAUAAACCAUAGUUCACCUUAAAAAAUUGAAACUUGAAGGUAAUUCUUAAAUUUAUUAUAGAAUUUUAGAAAUCCAAACAUUUUUUUACUUUACGAAUAUCUUUCUCAAAAUGGUAUGAAUAUGGUCAAAAGAAAAUAAGAUAUCAAUUCAUUUUAGCAAAAUUAGGUUAAAAAUAAAAAUUAUUGUUAAUGAGAAAGGGUUUAAAAGGCUUACAUUUAAAUAGUAAAUAGAAAUAAUAACUUUAAUCAACAUAAAUAUCACACAAUUCAUAAAUAUAAAAAUAAUAAUAGAAGAAGAUCAAAUUUAUUCCUAAGAAAAAUUGA